CUUUGACCCAAUGUCCUGACCAGUAUCACCAACAUAAAGCAGUUCCCAACACAACUAUUAAUAUUUGUUCAAAUUUUUACUACAUUGUCAAACGUGACACUUUAAAAAGUAUAAGAAUACAAGAUUGAUACAGUAUACAUACAAAGAUUACGUGUAAUUUAACAUUUUUGCAUAAUAUAUUUUGACGGCAUUUUCACCACCAUGAGUGCUGAUAUGUAUAGUUCAAGCGCCACAGAUCAGUUGACGAAGGAACGCGGGAUAUGCAUGGAAAAGAACUGUGACGUAAGACGAGUGUUUAUGACGCUAAAGGAGUGUCAGAACAGAAUCAAGUCUAAGACUUACACAGCGGAGACGUGCCACCAAGAAACUGUGGAUCUAAUUGAAGCCAUAGAUCAUUGCGUCGGCGAUAAGGCUUUUAUUAAAUUUGCAUGAAAUUUUGAA